AUGGAGCAUCAUCGAAUGUGGCUCUGGAGGAGGAAAUCAUCUGAGAAGGCUACUCAAGGAAAUGACAAGGCUGGUCUUCUGCUGAAGGGAAAUCAAGAAGUGGUAAGCUCGUCGAAAAUCUCAUCCCUGUCAUGAACUAGUCCUGAUUAAUCUCUCCACAGAGUAGAGCCUGUCAUGGCGAUUCUGUACUUUUUCUGGUGGCAACACCCUGUUCUUGCUAUUCUCAUAGAGGAAGCAGACAGCUAGUUCUAUGAAUCGGUGAUUCUUCUCAUAAGAAAAGAAGAUAAUUGAUUACCAUGCUUGGACCCUGUAAAACCCUGAGAGGAUGAACCCUAAAAACCCCGCUAGCAGAUUCCUCUGCUUCCUGAAGAUUUUACUCUGAGACGCAUGACGCAGGCGGAAGAACUAAAGAAAUCCUUGAAGACCUUGGGCGAGAAGUUGGCGUCUGCCAUUGACGAAUCCAAUGCCAAGGACGACCUCCUCGCGAAGCACACGAGAGUAGCAGAAGAGGCGCUCGAAGGUCGGCCAUUCUCUUCCCUCUCAAUCCCCCGCUGGUGCCGCCGGUGCUCCUUUCCCGGCGACUGACAGUAGAGGCCGAUGGCUAUGGUGCUUCAGGGUGGGAGAAAGCGGAGGCGGAGGCCGCCUCCUUCAAGCAGGAGCUCGACGAGGCGGAGGAGAGGAUCUCCGAAAUGGGCGCCGCCAUGGAGGACUGCCGCCGCCGGCUGGAAUCUCUCCGUAAGGAACAGGAGCGGGCGAGCGGGGAAGCGGAGUUGGAGAUCUCCAUGGAGAGAGAGAGGAACCGGAAACUGGAGCAGAGGCUCGUGGAAGUCAACGGGCAUCUCUCCAAGAUGGUCUCCGAGAACGGCAAUCUGGUGGAAACCCUGGCGGGGAAGGAGAAGGAGAUCGACGAGCUCAGCCGGCUCAGCUCCUGGGCGGAGGCGAAGAACAGCUCGCUGGCGGAUAAGCUCGGUUCCUUGGAGAAACAGAAUGCUUCGCUUAAGUACGAGGUCUGCAUGUUGGAGAAGGAGAUCCAGAUCAGGAGCGAGGAGAAGGAGUUCAGUCUCCGGUCUGCUGACGCCGCCCGCAGGAAGCACCUGGAGAGCGUGAAGAUGAUCGCCGAGCUCGAAGCGGAGUGCAAGAGGUUGCGGGUGAUGGUCCGGAAGCGGCUUCCAGGCCCCGCCGCUAUGUCGAAGAUGAGGACCGAGGCGUCGCUCUCCAACAAGAAGUCAACUCCCCCGGUCGGGCCCUCGGCGGCGGAGGUGGCGGCGCCGCUGGUGGAUAAAGUCAACGCCCUGGAGGAGGAGAACAGGAUGCUCAGCGAGGCGUUGACGAAGAAGACCCGGGAGCUGCAGUCCGCGUGGAUAAUGUGCGCCCGCACCGCCUCGAAGCUCUCGCGCGCCGAGACCCAGCUCGAGGAGCUGCCCAAGGGGCGGCGGCCCGGCGGCGGCAGCGCUGACGUCAGCCCAAUAUCAGGCGUCGGUGGUGGCGAUGGGGAUGGACUCAGCUGCGCGGAGUCGUGGGCCUCCGCGCUGAUGUCGGAGCUGGAGAACUUCCGACAGGGGAAGCCGGCGGCGCCGUCGCCGAGGGCCUCCGCCGCGUCGGAGGAGCUGUGCCUGAUGGACGACUUCCUGGAGACGGAGAAGCUCGCCGUUGUUUGCGUAGACAAGCCGCUCGUGAGCUCGAAAGCCGCUUCGGAGGGGGACCCUGUCUCGCUCGCUUCUCUCUCUAGCUUCGACAGUUCUCUCUCUAGCUCGGCUAAGGCGGAGGCCGCCGCCGGCCAGUCUAAGCCCAAGCCGGAGGCUGCGGUGAGGCGGCUGGCUGAGCUCGUCGAAGGGAUCAAGGAGGGCGGCGGCGGCGAGGGGGAGACCUGCUACGUCUCGCGGGUGUUUCAGUGGAAGGCCUCCGAGCUCAGCCCCGUCCUACGGCGUUUCCUGGAAACCUGCAAGGGUUUUCUGGAGCAGAAGGCCGAUCUAGAGGCGUUCUUCGAGGCUCUGGGUUCCACCAUGGAAUGGGUUGUCGACCACUGCUUCUCCAUCCAGGACGUCGCCGCCACGAAAGGAAGCUUCAAGGACCUGGACUGGUCCGCGUCCCACAGCGAGGGCGAGCUUCAGGGAUCUCCUGUGCUGUCGGAGCAGCCCCCGAGGGAUGAUGCCUCAGAGGUGAAGCUCAAAGCGGCGAUAAGGAAGGAGGAGCCCGCCGUGGAGGAAGAACAGAAGUUGCCGGGAACUGUAAGUUGACGUCGAUCUUCCGCCGUCGCCGGAAUCUGCCAUUACCGCUGCUCUGAAGAAGAUGGUGUUGUUUCUUGCAGGGCUGGGAGAUCUCUCUGGCCUCGGAGAAGCUGGCGGAGUGCCAGGAGACGAUUAUGAAUCUGGGGAAGCAGCUCAAGGCCCUGGCUGCUCCGAGGGACGCAGUUCUCUUUGACCAGGUGAUCGCCCCCACCGCCGGCGGGGGCGGCCGGGAAAACCAGCGGGUGGCUCUGCUCGAUUGGAUUCUGGCCGACAGCAACAGGAGCUUGGGGCCCGACACUACAGGAGCGAACGGGAGAUUCGCCGGCGACGGCGACGGCGACAAGCCGGUGGUGGUCGACGGGAAGAACCCUAACGCGGGGCUUCUGUACGGCCGCAAGGUCCUGCGGGACGGUGGUGGCGUUCAGACCUUGCCGACGGGCAGCUUCUACGGGAUGAAAGAGCCGAGCAAGGCGAAGACCGGGAGCGAGACGGGGGCCAUCGUCGUCGCUCCCAAGAGGUCCAGGAGUGGCGUGAGCUUGCUGCGGAGGCUGCUGCACAGGAGGAAGAAGGAAAGCAACGCUAGGAAGCUGGCCCUCAGUGCCGUCGCUCACUAG